AUGUUUUCAUCCUCCGUGAAUUUAUAUUUAUUUGCCAAUGCCGAACUACAACAACAUCUUCAUCAGCACAAGCCUUUGAUAUUUAGUAAUAAUAAUAAUAAGAAUUGGAAUGAUCGUAUUGCUGAGGGACAAUUAUUGGCUGUUCCUAAUGAGCCUUCAGAUAAGAAUUUUAUGCCAUCAAUUUCUAAUGGCUAUUUGGGAACUGUUGUGGAUUCUGAUAAUAUCUAUGUUGGUGGAGUGUAUGUGGGAAAAUAUGUAGUGAUUGAGAAAUUAAUUGGAUUUCACAGUACUAGAGCUAGAAUACCUGCCACUCAAAAAGUGAAAUUGAGUUCUCCAAAUUUACAGCAAUUUGGAGUUGGAUUGGAUAUUGAGAGAGCUGUCUAUUUGAGAGGAUUUAAUUUAUCAAAUGCACAAAUUGAGCAACGUUAUUAUGCUCAUAGAGUGUACAGAUCAUUGUUGGUUCAUCAAAUUGAGGUUUCCAAUUCAAAUUCUUUCCCAAUUACUAUUAAUAUUAAUAAUUUGGAUAGUCCUGCUUCUGCUGAUAUUUCUUUCAAACAAGUGGAAUGUACUCAUACCAAUAAUUUCAACACAAAAUGUCAUGUUGGUCAACUCACAAGUUUGGAAACACCUGAAUCUGAAAGAGUUACAGUAGCUGUGGUUACAUCUCAAUUCCCAUCCAGUAUUCAAGUAUCUGCAAAUACUGAAACAACUUUUACCUACCUCACUGCCAUUAGAACCAGUAUCGAUUCAGAUGAUCCAUUGGGUGAUGCAUCCAUUGACUUUAUCAAGGGUAUCACUAUCAAUCAACAGUCGCUUUAUUCAUCGCAUGUUGCAGCUUGGGCAGAAUUAUGGAAGAGUGGUAUUGAAUUGGGUGGAAAUGUUGAACUUGCAGCCAAGAUUAAUAGUACCUUGUACUACUUGUUGAGUAGUACCAGAGAGGAUUAUCAUUGGGGUGUUUCACCAGGAGGAGUUGCUACCGAUUCUUAUAAUGGGUUGAUUUUCUGGGAUCAAGAGUGUUUCGUUUUACCAUCACUGGCUUACUUGCAUCCAGAGCUUGCUAAAGGGCUCAUUCAGUAUCGUUUCGAUCGAUUGGAGCAGGCCAAAUCCCAUGCCAAAAAGUAUGGCUAUAAGGGAGCAAUGUAUCCAUUCCAGACUGGAUUUUCUGGUAGGGAGGUUGACCUGAUAGCCCUAUUUAAUGAAUUGGAACAACAUGUUACUGGAGAUGUUUCAUUUGCUUUACAAUUAUUCUGGCAAUUGACUAAGGAUACCAAGUGGUUGAAUUCAAUUGGUUAUCCAAUGGCUUCUGAGAUUGCCAAGUUCUGGGCUAGCAGAGUAACAAAGAACGUUGAUGGAGUUCACUAUGAUAUAAAUAAGGUUGUUGGCCCAGAUGAGUUUGGUAUUGGUUUUCCAUUGUAUUCCGGUGUUGACAAUGAAGUUUUCACAAAUGCUGUUGCCCAAAUUGCUCUCAGAUUUGGAAACAAGGCAGCUUCUGUUUUAGGAAAAUCUAUCACUCCAGAGUGGAACUAUAUUGCUGGAAAUAUGACUAUUCUAUUUGAUUCUGUCAACCAAAUUCAUCCAGAAUAUGCAAGUUUCCCAAGAGGUAACUUUUACUUUGGUGAAUAUGUAAAACAAGCUGAUGUGGUAUUAUUGGGCUAUCCUCUCAUGUACGAAAUGCCAACACAAAUAAGAUAUAAUGACAUUAGAUAUUAUGACAAGAUAAUGUGGAGUGAAGGACCAGCCAUGACUUAUUCUAUGCACACUAUUACUUAUUUGGAUUUGAACAAUUUCACAUUGGCUGCAGAAGCAUUUAAGAGAUCAUUGUUAAAUAUUCACCCUCCAUUUAAUAUCAUUUCAGAAACAUCUGAUCCUUACAAACAUUUCCUUGAUAUGGGGUCUUUCAACUUUUUGACAGGAGCAGGAGGAUUUAUUCAAAGUAUUCAGAAUGGCUAUGGUGGAUUGAAAAUGUAUGACAACUAUAUGUUGCUAGCUCCAAAAGAUGUAUCUCUUUUGGGUGCCAAAUUUAUCAAGAUGAGAGGAGUGAAUUAUUUAGGAGGAUCGUUCGAUUUAACAUUUGAUGGAACAAUUGCUACAAUCAAUAUUCUGAAUGGACCAAGUGUUAACUCUCAAACCACAAAUUACAAAUUAAGAGUAGGCACUAGUGAUUCCAUCCUCCCUGUUGGUAAAACAUUAUCAUUUAAACCUCCAGCACAAUUAUAUGUUUAA